CAAUGUUAGUCCAAUCAAUUAAAAGCAAACAGAGCAGGUUGCUGAGAAGGCGGGUCAGGACCCAGGCCGCAUCUCCAGGAGCCGGUGGCCCGGUUCCCCUCGGUCCGCUACGUGGGGAAGUGGAAGAGGCUGUGAGCAAGGCGGGCUCACACGCCCUGCGCCCCGCGGGGGCAGAAGGACAAAUAUGGCCAAAGAUCUGGACAAGGCAGUCGCAGGGGGAGAGACGGAGCGAUUGGAAGGGUUCAGCCAACGAGCUCCCCGCUCCUGGGGUCAGUGGGGAGCCGCCUGGAAGGUGCGCGGGUGCCCACGGGGCAUUCCCGGCUGGAGCCGCGGAGGGUCUGUCCAGGACAGCCCGGGGGAGGCUGCAAAGGAGCCGGAGCGGGCCCCGGAGCACUGCCUGGCCACCUUCGCCGGAGGACAGCAUUUCUUCGAAUACCUCCUCGUGGUUUCCCUCAAAAGGAGGCGAUCGGGGGAGGAUUAUGAGCCGACGAUCACCUACCAGUUUCCCAAGCGGGAGAACCUGCUUCGGGGCCAGCAGGAGGAAGAGGAACGGCUGCUCAGUGCCAUCCCCUUGUUCUGCUUCCCGGAUGGGAACGAGUGGGCCCCACUCACUGAGUAUCCCAGGGAGACCUUCUCCUUCGUGCUGACCAACGUGGAUGGGAGCAGGAAGAUCGGCUACUGCAGGCGCCUCCUGCCCGCCGGCCGCGGCCCUCGGCUCCCCAGGGUGUACUGCAUCAUCAGCUGCAUCGGCUGCUUCGGCCUGUUCUCCAAGAUCCUGGAUGAGGUGGAGAAGCGGCAUCAGAUCUCCAUGGCCGUCAUCUACCCGUUCAUGCAGGGCCUGCGGGAGGCCGCCUUCCCCGCUCCCGGCAAGACCGUCACCCUCAAGAGCUUCAUCCCCGACUCGGGCACCGAGUUCAUCUCCCUGACGCGGCCCCUGGACUCCCACCUGGAACACGUGGACUUCAGUUCUCUGUUGCGCUGUCUCAGCUUCGAACAGAUUCUUCAGCUCUUCGCCUCCGCGGUGCUGGAGAGGAGAAUCAUCUUCCUGGCAGAAGGUCUCAGCACCCUGUCGCAGUGUAUCCACGCCGCCGCGGCGCUGCUCUACCCCUUCAGCUGGGCGCACACCUACAUCCCCGUGGUCCCCGAGAGCCUCCUGGCCACCGUCUGCUGCCCCACGCCCUUCAUGGUGGGAGUGCAAAUGCGCUUUCUGCAGGAGGUCCUGGACAGCCCCAUGGAAGAGGUCCUGCUGGUGAAUCUUUGUGAAGGAACCUUCUUAAUGUCAGUCGGUGACGAAAAAGACAUCCUACCUCCCAAGCUUCAGGAUGACAUCUUGGAGUCUCUCGGUCAGGGGAUCGAUGAGCAACAGACUCCAGAACAAAUCAACGAGCAUGUGUCAGGCCCGUUCGUGCAGUUCUUUGUCAAGACCGUCGGCCACUACGCUUCCUACAUCAGGUGGGAGGCCAACGGGCAAGGCCGCUUCCAAGAACGGGCCUUCUACAAGGCUCUGCCCUCCAAGGCCAACCGCCGAUUCGUGAAGAAGUUUGUGAAGACACAGCUCUUCUCGCUUUUCAUCCAGGAAGCUGAGAAGAGCAAGAACCCUCCUGCAGGCUAUUUCCAACGGAAAAUACGUGAAUAUGAAGAACAGAAGAAACAGAAGAAAUCAAAGGGAAAGCCUGUGAAAUGAGAACUGUGGUGAACGGGAGUGACUAGACCUCCAGUUUUGGACUUUGGCCCCUGCCAACAGGGCAGGGUCAGCGAGGCUCUCAGUCCCAGGACCCAGUCUUCUCCCAAGUCCUGGGAACCCGGUCUUGCUUCGAGCUGGUGUCUCGAGUUUGGGAUCCCUGGAAUCUGCUUUCUCAAGGCUUCGGAAGAUUUGGCCUCUGUGCUCACGGAGCAGGGCUCACCUUGUGCAGGGGGGACACAGAGCAGAACAGGAGCACAGGUGUCAUGGAGACGUAGGAGUUGCUAGAACUGCCCCGUCCCAGGAACCACUAUUACAAAAUCCUCCGGAGAAAGCAGCUGUGGCCCAAAGGCUCCGGCUUGCCACGUAAAAAGGUCUGUGGACACGGGAUAAGAAUAAAAUGAAAACUUCCUGUGG